AGUGAUAGACGAAAUAACCGAUUGAUUAAUUUUAUAUCACAACAUAUUCAUUAUGAUGGGAAAUAUUAGUGACGUGUACUAUCUCUUACAACUGAUACUUCCAGAAGUUUAUGUUUACAUACACGAUUCUAUUCUCCGCGAACUCCCAUGGCCUGAUGAGUCAAACGACGAUGAUAUGGAUAAUCUAGAAUCAAAAACUCGUAAUAACAUCCCUAGACACAUAUCCUCGGAUUUAAUAACUCUUCCUUUUAUAUGUGUUUUGUUAUUUAUUAUUCUAAUAAUUUUUGAGAAAUUUUUCAAGAACGAUAGUAAUCAUUAUGCUUCAGCUACCAACAUAUCCAUACCUAACGAUCUGCCAAUGGUAUAUGCAAACACCAGGAUAACAGAUCCUUUACAUUCCUGUGGUGAUACAUUUUUUUCUCAAGAAAUUCUUCAACCAAGUAAUCCUCUUCAAUCUAUAUGCAUGAAGUCACAGCAAUCGAAGAAUUUGAAUUUACCGGGCUCUUCGAUUACGAAGGUACAUUCUGAACAUUUGCAACAUUCUCAAAGUACGCAAACGAGCUUGAGAAUUUUAAGUAAAGCUACUAAAUCACAAGAAUGGGUUGUACGACGUACCAGAAGUGGUCAAAUUUAUGGAAAAUAUCCUGUAUAAAUGAUAAAAACGUUUCUCUAUUAUAGAAUUAUUUUCUUUUUUUUU